GCGCGGAGGGAGGUGAGCGGCGCGGAGCCGGCAGGCAAGGAGGAGGCCGGCGAGGGAGGCCCCGCCCCCGCCUCUCCGAGCCGGCUCCUCGCCGCCGCCGAACCCGCUCACUUUGCCUCUCGCCUCUGGACGGCUGCGGGGCAGCUGCCCGAGCUGCGGCGGGCGGGAGCGCCUCCCGGGACCUGGAGUCUUCCGCACGGCGCCUCCCCUCGGCGCCCGCGCCCCUCAGGGAGGACGGCGCCGCCGCCUUGGAGAGGGCACCCCGGCAUCGCAGGGGGCAUCCCCGGGCGCGAGGGGCGGCGGCGCCAACACAGACUCAUUCCUAGCCAGUGGGGCUCAGCGCUGGCGCCGGAGGGGACUCCCCGGCCACCCGCAGGUACUGCCGCGCGGAAGGCGCGCUGCUAGCAGCGACGCUGGGCUGCCGAGGAGGUUAAAGCUGAGGGGCCCCGGGCCGGUGCGGGGCAGAGAGGAGCCCCGAGGGAGAGCGGGCCCCGACGGCGCUCUCCCCGGUCUGCCCGAGGCAGGCAGGCCCCACGCGGCGGCCGGGCGACCCUUGAGCUGAGGGUCCCCAGGGCAGCCAGCCAUGACCUUCGGGCGCAGCGGGGCGGCCUCGGUGGUACUGAACGUGGGCGGCGCCCGGUACUCGCUGUCUCGGGAGCUGCUCAAGGACUUCCCGCUACGCCGUGUGAGUCGGCUGCACGGCUGUCGCUCGGAACGCGACGUGCUCGAGGUGUGCGACGACUACGACCGUGAGCGCAACGAGUACUUUUUCGACCGGCACUCGGAGGCCUUCGGCUUCAUCCUGCUCUACGUGCGCGGCCACGGCAAGCUGCGCUUCGCGCCGCGGAUGUGCGAGCUCUCCUUCUACAAUGAGAUGAUCUACUGGGGCCUGGAGGGCGCGCACCUCGAGUACUGCUGCCAGCGCCGCCUCGACGACCGCAUGUCCGACACCUACACCUUCUACUCUGCGGAAGAACCGGGCGCGCUGGGCCGCGACGAGGUGCGACCCGGCGGGGCCGAGGCGGCUCCCUCCAGGCGCUGGCUGGAGCGCAUGCGGAGGACUUUUGAGGAGCCCACGUCGUCGCUGGCCGCUCAGAUCCUGGCCAGCGUGUCCGUGGUGUUCGUGAUUGUGUCCAUGGUGGUGCUGUGCGCCAGCACGCUGCCCGACUGGCGCGCAGCAGCCGCUGACAACCGCAGCCUGGAUGACCGGAGCAGGUACUCCGCCGUCCCUGGGAGGGAGCCCUCCGGGAUAAUUGAAGCUAUCUGCAUAGGGUGGUUCACUGCAGAGUGCAUCGUGAGGUUCAUCGUCUCCAGAAACAAGUGUGAGUUUGUCAAGAGACCCCUGAACAUCAUUGACUUACUGGCAAUCACGCCAUAUUACAUCUCCGUGCUAAUGACAGUAUUUACAGGGGAGAACUCUCAGCUGCAAAGGGCUGGAGUCACCUUGAGGGUGCUCAGAAUGAUGAGGAUUUUUUGGGUGAUUAAGCUGGCCCGUCACUUCAUUGGUCUUCAGACACUUGGUUUGACUCUCAAGCGAUGUUACCGAGAGAUGGUUAUGUUACUUGUCUUCAUUUGUGUUGCCAUGGCAAUCUUUAGUGCACUUUCUCAGCUUCUUGAACAUGGGUUGGACCUGGAAACAUCCAACAAGGACUUUGCCAGCAUCCCCGCUGCCUGCUGGUGGGUGAUUAUCUCUAUGACUACAGUUGGCUAUGGAGAUAUGUAUCCUAUCACAGUGCCUGGAAGAAUUCUUGGAGGAGUUUGUGUUGUCAGUGGGAUUGUUCUGUUGGCAUUACCUAUCACUUUCAUCUAUCAUAGCUUUGUGCAGUGUUAUCAUGAGCUCAAGUUUAGAUCAGCUAGAUAUAGUAGGAGCCUCUCUGCCGAGUUCCUGAAUUAA